AUGGCCUCUCCUACCAUCUCUCAGCUCCUCGAACACCAGAAGCCCAAAACGCUCAGCCAAGAGCAGGUUGACUCUUUUAUGAAGCAUGGCUUCCUGCGCAUUCCCGGCGCCAUCAUCCCAGAGAAAGGCGAGAUGUGGACUAAGAACGUUUGGAACCGGCUAGGCAUGGAUCCAAACGACGUAUCGACGUGGCAUACCGAGCGCACCAACAUGCCACAACAUCAUCGCAUUCCUGUCGCCGAAGUCGCGCCCGCUGCCUGGUCUGCCAUCUGCGAGCUUUGCGGCGGCGAGGACCGCGUCUCGGAUGGCGGCCGCCAGUGGUCCGAUGGCUUCAUCGUGAAUCUUGGCAAGCCCGAGUACGAGGGCAAGCGAGUCAUGCCCAAGGAUUUGGAUAACUGGCACGUUGACGGUGACUUCUUCAUCCACUUCUUAGACAGCCCCGAGCAGGCACUGCUUGUGAUCCCUUGCUGGUCCGACGUGGAGAGCAACGGCGGUGCAACAUGGAUUUGUGACGAGGGCCCGGCCAGGAUAGGGAAGCAUCUUUACGACCACCCUGAAGGCGUCACCCCUCGCAUGAGCCCACGUAGCACCGACCCCGACCAAGGCCGCGGCACCCUCGAGUUCUUCAUCGAGACCGUCCGGCAGUGCCCAGACGAGAGCUUCCACGAGAUGACCGGCAAGAAGGGCGACGUCAUCCUCAUGCACCCAUUGAUGCUGCACUCCGCGAGCAAGAACGCGCGGCGCUUAGCUCGCAUAAUAACCAACCCCCCCGUCUCCCUCACCUCGCCCUUCGUCUUCUCCCGCGCCAACCCGGCCGACUACAGCCUGAUCGAGCUCAAGACCAUGGCGGCGGUCGGCGGCGAGCACGCGCCCGAGAUGUUCAAGGACUGGAAGAUCACGCGGGAGCGCGAGCUCGUGGUGCCCGAGCGCGUGCGUCGUCAGCAGAAGAUGCUGGCCGAGGAGAAUGAGCGGUUGCGCAAGUUGGGGCUCAUGGGCGCCGACGAGGGCAUUAGUCAGGCGCCGCAGAUCUUUGAGGUCUCGAAGGCGGGGAAGGAGGCUAAGGUUGGGGCUUGA